AUGCCGGGGAAAUUCCUUGCUCAACCAUCAUGCAAAUCGCUCCAAAUCUAUAACUCUGCGGAAGGCAAUAACUACAUCCACAGUGUGUUCACAUUCAAUUUGAUUCUGCCCCCACAACACACUGGUUCAAUAGCAAGGAACAUGUUCUUGUCAGCAUUUUCGCCGAAGAAAAAAGCAUCUUCUACUUCUACAUGUGGAUCCAAAUCACUUUUCAUCGGGUUGCCAAGGAUUGUGGUGGAGACGUUGAGAGCAUUGUUCUUUGCGCCACAAGUGAGAGGGGAGGAGAUGUUGCAGGUUCAGAACGGGAUGAAGAACAACGUCUUCUGGAUGUAUAGAAACAAGCGCAAAGCUGCAAUUUCUCAGCACAGCAUCAUGCGAUAA